AUGUUGGAAGCCUUUGAGAUUCUCUCCACCUCCGGUGUGGUUCUGUGGUCGCGAUCCUACGCUACGGUGGGCGCUCAUGUGGUCAACAGCCUUAUCAACGAUGUCUUUAUCGAGGAGAAAGUUCAACUUCAGGCUACGAAUAACGCAUACCCCGUUUACAAAAAGGAGAAGUACACGCUGAAAUGGAAGAGGGCCAAGGAUUUCAAUCUGAUCUUUGUGGCCGUAUACCAGUCCCUGCUCCAUCUCGGUUGGAUCGAUAAACUCCUGGACAAUAUCUCGACCAUCUUCCUCGAUCUGUACAAGGACCAACUGAAGAGCACCCGCGCUCGCAUCGUCGAGUACCCGUUCGACCGAUACUUCGAUCAACAGGUGAAGGAGCUGGAGGACAUUUCGGGUGCGAUCACCUCAGAAGGCUUCGAGGCCGAUGCGGGAGACAAAAAAGACCCGCUGGUCUCGUCUGACAACGGUGGUCCGCCGCCGCCAUCCAUGCCUGGCCUCCUCAAAGGUACGAGUUGUCUACUGCGUGAGAGAAACCCUGCUGACAACCUCCAAGCGCAGCAUCAAGCUGCGCUAGGCGUGUCGACCUCCGAUGAGAGUUCGCCACCCCAAACCCCCGAUACUUCUCGACCAUCAACGCCCGCGGCAAGUCAUAUUCUGACGGCGAAGGGUGGACCUCGUGGUUCUCGACGUGCGCGCAAGGCCGCCAACGCGAGCGCCACCGCUUCUUCCGGCGAUGAGAAAAUUCGCAAGGGAAAGACAACCAGCAGUGCGAAGAAAGGCCGCAAGUGGGAUGCCGACGGAAUGGCUGACGAGGAUGACGGCGCGGUGCUCGACUAUUCCGCGCCAGUCGACGAGACAGCGGCCCCGGCUGUGGAGGAUAUUGCAUCAGACUCUUGGGGACGGAGAACCGGCAAGGGUCAAUUUGUUCUGAAAGAUCUCGGCGACGAAGUCCAUUCGAUUCUUGAGAACGCAGAUAAUGAGAAGGCGAAGACCUCCGCAUCGUCGGGAUUCGUUGGCUCGGGCUUUAAUGCGAUCGGCGGCAUGCUGCGCAACAUCGUUGGUGGAAAGGUUCUGACCGAGGCCGAUCUGGACCAGCCCUUGAGGACCAUGGAGGAUCAUCUUCUGAAGAAGAACGUGGCGCGCGAGGCAGCCGUCCGGCUCUGUGAAGGCGUGCAGCGCGAACUGGUCGGUAAAAAGACGGGCAACUUCCAAAGCGUGGACGCGGCCCUCCGUUUGGCCAUGGAGUCUUCUCUAAGAAACAUCUUGACGCCUACCUCGUCCCUGGACCUGCUCCGUGAAAUCGAUACCGUCACCUCGCCGAAAACCCGACAAGCAUCUCCGCGCCCGUACGUGAUCUCGAUUGUCGGCGUCAACGGCGUUGGCAAAUCGACUAACCUGGGCAAAAUCUGUUACUUCCUACUGCAGAACAACUACCGCGUUUUGAUCGCUGCGUGCGAUACCUUCCGGUCUGGAGCCGUGGAGCAACUUCGUGUUCACGCUCGAAACUUGAAGGAGCUCAGCUCUCGCGAGAACGUUGGAGAGAUUGAAUUGUACGAGAAGGGGUACGGCAAAGAUGCUGCGAACGUCGCCAAGGACGCCGUUGAAUACGGGGCAGCUCAGAAGUUCGACGUGGUUUUGAUCGACACCGCCGGUCGUCGCCAUAACGAUCAGCGUCUGAUGUCGUCGCUAGAGAAGUUCGCCAAGUUCGCGCGACCGGACAAGAUCUUCAUGGUUGGAGAAGCCUUAGUCGGUACGGAUAGUGUGAUGCAGGCGCGUAACUUCAACCAGGCCUUUGGUACAGGGCGAAACCUGGACGGGUUCAUUAUCAGCAAGUGCGACACCGUUGGCGACAUGGUUGGCACCUUGGUUAGCAUGGUACAUGCCACUGGCAUUCCCAUCGUGUUCUUGGGCGUUGGUCAGCAUUACGGGGAUCUGAGAGGGCUCAGUGUGCCUUGGGCGUGUGCGCGUGCCUACCCUCCCCCCAAGAUGAAACCGUCGGAGCAUGACCCGCUCAGUCGGCGACAUUCAUCCACGCUUCAUUACCAGACGUUCGAUACUCCGCCACCGAAAUCUCGAGGAAGACCCAAUUCCGGCCAGUCGGAGUCGUCGGGAAUACAUUCGCAUGACCCGCAAGACGAAUCCCAUCGUCAUGGGACUGAUCACCAUUCGCCUCUGCCGAAGAAGCAGAUGGCUGUCCUGGCGCUGAUCUCCCUCUGCGAACAAACGGCGUUCAACUCGAUCAGUCCUUACCUGCCGGAAAUGGUUUCCUCUUUUCCGGAGGUGAAGCCGGGGUUGGUCGGUGUAUACGUUGGGAGUCUCGCCACUGCGUUCGCGAUUGCGCAGUUCAUAACAAACUACUUUUGGGGGUGGCUAUCGGACCGAGUGGGACGGAAGCCGGUGAUCUUGCUGGGGACCGUUUUGACCGCGGCGUCUUUCUUCGCGUUCGGUUUCUGCAAGACGCUGGUGCAGGCUAUCAUCGUGCAAGCCGUGCUGGGUGCCGUCAACGGAAACCAGGUCUUGGUGUCCACCUGCCUGGGUGAAAUCACGGAUCGAAGCAACCAGUCGAAGGCGUUUACCUACCUCCCGGUACUUUAUGGGGUGGGAGGGAUUACUGGCCCUCUGCUUGGAGGGCUGUUGAUUUUCGAUACUCUUCCGUGGGACUCGAGUAAACCGAAUCCCUACCCCUACCUCGCGCCGAAUGCCCUCUCCGCCGGACUUCUCAUACUGGAUUUGAUCGUGUCUGUUUUCUUUUUGGAAGAAAGUCUUGAAGACGCUGAGAGUCUGCCCAAGAUCGGGCAUAGGGUUCGGUCGUUUUUCUCCUGGCUCUGGCAGUUUACGAGCAUGGCGAAGCGUGCGCGCUGGGUUCACCCGCCCCAUACGGUUCCGUAUCGUCCGCUCCGGCAUCACUCUUCGGAGUCUCAGGAUCACGAUAGCGAAUUAGACUCGGCCUCCGAGGCGUCAGGUCCCCGGGGGACUGACCACGAGAGUCUCACCAGCGAAUUGUGGAAUCGCGAUACGAUCUUACUUUUGACGACGUAUCUGAUCUUCGCACUGUGCAACGUCUCGUUCAACGCGCUUUUCCCUAUCUUUUCGCAAGCCGCGCCUCCCACCGGUCGAGGACUGACCCCUGAAGAAAUCGGUCUUGCACAAGGGUUCUCCGGAUUUAUCACUAUCCUCUUUCAGAUUUGCAUUUUUGGCCGGCUGCGGGAUAAAAUGGGCAAUCGAUGGUCUUACCGAGCCGGUCUUUUCGGCUUCGUCGUCGCGUUCAUCCUAAUGCCCUUCAUCGGAUACAAAGGGAAGGAUGUCGAUGGGAAGGUCAGCGGCAAGACUGCCCUAAUGGCGGCGGAGCUUUGCUUUGCUUUGCUCGUCAAGACCGUGGCUACGGUGGGCGGUUUGACCAGCGCACUACUUCUUAUCACCAACUCUGCCCCUGACCACGCCGUCCUCGGCGCCCUCAACGGCCUGGCACAAACCCUCUCCGCCGCCGGCCGUGCUGUGGGCCCCUUCAUCUCCGGCGGUCUGUUCUCUCUCGCAUCCCGCGUCGAACCCAAAGGUGAAGCCAUGGCAUUUGGAGUCUUCGCCGCUGCAUCCUUUGUCGGGUUCAUCCUGAGUUUCGGGAUCCGCGGACGAUCUCUGGAAGCAGAUGGUUACGAGAGCGACGACGCGUACAAGUCUGAUGACGAGGAAGACCCGCACUCCCCUUCAUAG